AUGGCGGAAACUUCAAACUCCAACGUCGAAGCCUCGAUCAAGUCGGAAGCUCUUUCCACUCAGCAACGGCCGCAGAUUAUUGGUGAUGAUAGUGGUCCUCAAGCACCGUAUCCUCUACGUCUUGAUGGAGUCGUCGUCACUGGAUUCGGUAGAGGUAGCAAAGAGCUCGGCAUCCCGACAGCGAAUCUUCCGACCGACUCUAAGACGACAACGACAUGGAUAGCUACUGCGAAGUCAGGUGUUUAUUUUGGCUGGUGUAGCAUUCGUUUCCCGCUCGGCCAUCCGGCCCUCGAUUUCCCUUCUCGCUUACCUUCAUCGCGGAUCCUUGCGCCAGACUUUCAACCGCCCAAACCUGGCUUCUUCCUCUCGGAGCUAAGUCAACAAGAAGGAUGGCGUCUCUACCCUAUGGUCAUGAGUAUUGGUUACAAUCCCUUCUACAAGAACCAAGUGCGGAGUGCUGAAGUGCAUGUGCUAAAUGGUUUUGAUAAGGACUUUUACGAUAGCCCCAUGCGAGUUAGUCUGCUAGGAUUCAUUCGAGAAGAACGAGAUUACAGCAAUCUAGAGGAAUUGGUGAAAGAUAUCAAGAUUGAUUGCGAGGUUACCGCUCGCAGUCUCUCUCGACGGGAGUGGAAAUUAGCUGGGGACAAAUGGAAGAAAGAAUGUGAUUGGUUAGCUGGCAAGUAG